CACAUGUAAUUUAGGUUAUUUUUACAUAUUUAGUCAAACUAGCAGCCCAACCAACUUCGCUUCGACAAACUCAGCUGGUUCUACUGGAAUUACUGUUAUUCUUCAAAGCCAAUGCAAUUCGCAAAGUAUAAACUACACCUAAAUCAAUGAUGAUAAGACAAUAUUUAAAAAAAACGUAAAAACUAAAUUAUGUUCUAAAAACGUACUUAAAUUUGCACAUCAGCUGUUGUUGUGACCACACUUACUGCAUUUUAAAAGUUAAACAUGACCAAAGCGCAGGCGCCAAAUUUCUUGUAAACAUUGCCCGCCCAACCCAAAAUGCAACAAAAAGCGCCAAUGAACGCAAAAUCGGCACAAGGACGUGCCAACACAAGCCAGGAAAAAUCAAUAACAACACAGCCGCGAAGCGACAGAGGCCGGAAAUGCACUUUUUUUGCAUUACUGCGCGUUAAGUAACUCCGGGGAAGCAGUAAAAACGUGAAAUUCAACUAGAAAGUUAUGUAGGCUUCUAAACAAAAGCGCUUUGAAGAAAUAAAAAGCCUAAAAUGGUGGGCAAAGGAUCCAGCGGCCUGGGCGUGGACCCGAACACGGGCAGCAAGGAACGCCCUGUUUUCAUUCCGCCCCGGAAACGUCAACAAACGAAAUCGGAGGCCAAGAAGCAGAACUAUGUGGACCAUAUUGUCAGUGUGCAGCAAAACCGACCCAAGCUGUCGCCCUCGAACCCGGGGCUCGAGGAGGAGCUCCGCAAGUCAAAGCUCAUUAUCAAAAACAAACAGCCGCUGCCGCAGCUUCCGGGGGAAUUGGGCGUUCCCAGCGCCCAGGACACCUUGGCCAGCACCCACUCGGCCAGCUCCACACAGCACAGCCAGAAGUCUGCCCGGUCGGCCGGUAAUCUUAACGAGCUCCAAAACUUUGAAUCCAUCUCGCAGGGCACCAAGUCCACAUCGCAGAGGCACGAGAGCAGCACCGUGACUCCGAGCAGCUGCUGCUACUCGGAGAGCAGCCUGGACGCCAAGUUGAGCAAGUCACAAGACUGCCUGAGCAACCGCUCCUCCUCCAAGAAGCGGGUGAACAUCCGAACUUCGGAUCUCCCUGGGCAGGCGCGCAAUCAGCGCUCCUCGCCGGAGAUCGCCAACUACGAGGACCUGGAGUCAGGGGAAACGAGUGUGCUGAACACCUACGACCAGAGCCUGGAGCGUGGCUAUCAGGCGCGAAAGGAGGGCGGCGGCAACUACCUGACCAUGACGGGCACCAUUAAGCGAGGCCGCAAGAAGGGCCAGUCCGUGGAUCUGCAGAUCAACAUAAGCCGAGAGGAGCUGGAGCAACUGAAUGCCCACGCGAUGGCCAGCGACGCACAGAAGGGCGGCAGCUUGUGGUGCACCUGUAGCUGCGGCACCGGACUCCACAUCCUGCUCAUUUCGCUGCUGUGCCUCCCCUUCGUGACGGUCAUCUCGGCGGUGUACUCCUUUUACAUUGGCACGCUCACCUGGUACAACAUGUUUAACUACUACUGCGAGGAGAGGACCUACCUCCACAAGAUCCUGGUGACGCCGCUCCUGUUCGUGGCCUAUCCGUUGGCCAUCGUGCUGUGCACCUUCGGGCUGGGCAUCUACUCGGGGGUGCGCCAGCUGAGCCUUCAGUACAGCAGCUGGGUGAACGACAUUACGGACAUCGAGAAGGGCUUCUACGGCUGGCUGUGCGGCUUCCUGCACAUGCCCGACUGCAGUCCCUACGAGGUGGUCAUCCUCACUGACAUCUGUGUGGCGCCACAGGACCCCCAGCGGUUGCACAUCAACAAGCCGCGCCAGGAGCUGUCCAUGUAGGAUGUGUUUGGUCUCUGUUUCAUUUGCGGGCCCGGAUUUUCGACCAUAAGUGUGAUAUAAAAACGUAAUUGCAUUUGCAGUCAAGUGCAGUGCUGGCAGGAGUAAGAUCGACACAAUAAGUUUCCUUUGGCCAAAUUUGUUCCUUUUACAUUGACAUAAUCGUAUGUCUGCAAUUGCAGCUUUAGAGAACGGAAAUAUACUAUAUAUAUAUAUAUCGAAGCCACAACAUAAUCCAAACCCUAGAGAGUCUAGCAUCUAAGUUAAGAGAAAUCUAACACUCGCACAGCGCCUAAAUAGAGAAGACAAACCUCGGCUAACCGAAUCUUUAAGAACCUUGCAAAUGUCAUGUCAGAAAUUGCUCAAAAGUAGCAGAUUCUACCGAAAUCUGUCAUUACAUUUUGUGUCUGAAAUCCCCUUAAUAAUCAGAUAUAAAUCCAGCCAAACCAAUUCUGCAAAUCACUUAAAAAUUUAUUCAGUAAUUCGUCUAAUGAUUUUGAAAUUACUAUCUUUGAUUUGAUUUAUAUAAACCUAUAUUAUUAUUUCGGCCCGUUUGCAAGGUUUAUACAUACAAUAUAAACACAGUUAACUGUUGUAGUUGGGCACUAGCCUGCCACUUGAAACUUUGCUUUCCUUUCGAUCUUAAAGCCAAAUUUAAUAAAUAAGAAGCGUAAAUAUCGAACUCGAAUCGCAUUUACAGAUUUUGCAUUUAUAUUCAGAGUGAACUAAACCAAAAGAGCAGCCAACGUAAAUGCGCAGAUGUCGUGAUGGAAACUUUUUCUUAGUUUUAAGCAAACAUUUUUUAUUUAUACGUCAAUAAUAAAGCAAAAACAGCAGAAAAGCCACACAUCUAUAUACACACAUACUUACCUAUAUAAGCAAACGUUUUUAAAAUAGAAAUUCUAUAUGUUAAGAAAAUUAAGAACCCGAAUAUCAAACUCUUAUUGAAAUGAAUAUAUUAGCCGGAGAAAUAAAGCCAA